GCCAUAUAUCAUAUGGUGGACGAACUUUCUGAUAAGACUUUUGGAAUCUAAACAUUGCGAUGGCGUUUGAAAUAAGACAUAUAGUGUUCGCUGCUAUUCUGCAGGUUUCCCUUUCGUCGGUCAGUUCCUGUCCGAAUGGAUGGAUCCGCCAUGGAAACAGCUGCUACCACUUCAGUCACGAUCUGGAACCGUGGACAGGAGCGCUUGCGAUGUGCCAUGUGAUGGGUGGAAAGCUUCUGGAAAUCGAGUCAGCAGCUGAAAAUGCAUACAUAGCUACUGUCACGUCCUCACGUAACCAUGCAUACUGGACUGGUCUUAGUGAUAUUCAAGAGGAGGGUAUUUGGAUAUGGAUGGAAAGUAAUCUGAAGCUGUCUUCAAAUGUAUACACAAAUUGGUCAAGCGGGGAACCAAACAAUGACGACGGAAAUGGUAACUGUGGCAAUAUUUUUCCAAAUGGACAUUGGUAUGACUGGCAUUGUAAAGACGACUUGCAUUACAUAUGUGAACAACCUUUAGAGUAAGUACUGUUGUUACCAAAUUUAGUCAUGUCAACUUGCACAUUUUAUGACUUGACAUGUCACGAAAUGAAAUGAGUUCUGUUCAAUUGCAAAACAUUGAUUUUCAGAAAGGAAAUAAGAACCCCUCAUACAGCCUCACAGUUAUUAUUUUUACCCCGUUCAUAUCACAGUGAGGUUAUUUUGCUCUCUUGUACUUUCAUUGUAGAUUCUGCUUCACAAACUGAUUAUUUUAUUCAUUCUUAUAUGAAAUAUUAUGUUUAUUUUCAUGAAAACAAGGCGAUAUUGACUACACGCGGACAUUAUUUGGUGGCAUGCAGGCGCCGAGAAAUAGUACUUUUAUAUUUGAUAAUAUUAUACUGUUUCAUACAAAACAUUCCAGAAUUAAAAUUAUGUAACAAUAUUGCGUGUUAUUCAAACACUCUGAAUCGAAAAUUUUGCGCGAAGAAUACUUCACUGUGCACACAAACGUUAUUCCUCUUCGUGGUGUUUUCAUGUUAUCAAAACUGGGUCAUGUAAACGUCACGUGACCUAGUAUACGGAAGCAUACAUGCGCCAAGAAAAAGUGCUUCCUUAUCUUAUACACCAUUUACAUAAAAAUGUAUUUCAAUCAAAAUUGUAUAUACCACGUUUAGAUAUUUUAAUACUCCGAAUCGGUUAUACACCAUGAAAAUAAUUUACUCAAGCUUAGCCCUCAUGAAAUCAUUUCGCAGUCGUUAACCUCUUCGUCGUGUUUUACUACAUUCUGCUG